AUGUCCAAUAGGAAUGCAUGGGCGGGGUCAUGUAUUUAUUUCCAGUCUUUUGGAUCAUUUCCAAGUCGUUCAUUUAGCCAUUGAAGUACGUCCAGAGAUUUGGCUAUAGAGAAACUAAGACCAGCCUGUUAAAUGGAUCAGCUUUCUUCUGUCUGUCUGUAUUCUUUAAAUAGGAUUCAGUUUGUUACAUGAAAAGCCCUAUAAUCUUACAGGCAAAGUUCCUGCUUGUGUUUCAGUAAUUAAUCUCCCUGAAGCUUAAAGUUGCACCAGUCCAUGAAGGUAAAUAUGGGCUGGGAGCAGCUGAGAAACGUGUAAAAUAGGGGCAUCCUUUCUGUUGAGCUUCAGUGAGGUACAAGACAGCGAGACCGCACAGCUACAGGAGAACACAUAACAAAACAAUGAACGAGUGUUACAGUGCAAUACAUAUCUUUGAGCAGUCAUGACAGAAGAAAACCCAAUGCCCCCAAAAGCCUAUUGACUGAGAUACUGACAUGAAGAAAGACAUUGAGGCGUUGAUAGCACAAGAACGAGCUGAAAUCAUCUCCAAAUAUGACAAGAAGCUGGUCAUUCAUUUAUGAGCCCAUCAUUAUACAGCACCGCCCUCUUCCGCAGAAUAAAAACAACGGUCGGUGUGAAGGAGCACAGAUCGACCCCUGGGAAGAUGCUGAUUUUAACAUAUACAAAGUCACUGACCGCUUUGGCUUCCUACAUGAGGAGGAGCUGCCGACACCGAGUGCACUGGAGGAGAAGCAAAAACAGCAAGAGAUUGAAAGAGUGGACAAAUGGCUGAAAAUGUUAAAGAAAUGGGAUAAAUACAGAAACAGUGAGAAGAUGAUGCGGAGAAUCUAUAAAGGAAUUCCCUUGCAUCUACGAGGUCAGGUCUGGUCUGUGCUGCUCGAUGUGGAAAAGAUAAAGAAUGAGAACACAGGAAAAUACGAGAAAAUGAAACAGCAAGCCAGGCUCUACUCCACAGAAAUCAAACAGAUAGAUCUGGAUGUGAACCGCACCUUUAGAAACCACAUCAUGUUCAGGGAUCGCUUUGGAGUGAAGCAGCAGGCACUUUUUGAUGUCUUGGCAGCUUACUCCGUUUACAACACAGAGGUGAGCUACUGUCAAGGAAUGAGUCAGAUCGCAGCCAUCCUUCUGAUGUAUCUCAAUGAAGAGGAUGCUUUCUGGGCAUUGUCACAGCUGCUGACAAAUCAGAAACACGCAAUGCAUGGGUUUUUUAUUCCUGGAUUCCACAAACUUCUGCGGUUUCAAGCACACCACGACCAGAUACUAUCCAGGCUGAUUCCCAAGCUGAAGAAGCACUUGGACAGGGAGCAGAUGUCUACAGGGAUUUAUACCACCAAAUGGUUCCUCCAGUGUUUUAUAGACCGGACCCCCUUUACAUUGACCCUUCGUCUAUGGGAUAUCUAUAUUUUGGAAGGUGAACGGGUCCUGACUGCAAUGGCUUACACCGUACUCAAACUGCACAAGAAGAACCUGUUGAAAAUGUCGUUAGAAGAGCUGCGUGAGUUUCUUCAAGAGAAUAUUGUCAGAUCUUUUCAUUUGAAUGAUGACAUUGUCAUAGAGCAGCUCCAAGCAUCCAUGACUGAACUGCGGAAAAUGAAGCUUGAUCUUCCAACUCCAGCAAAACCUGAUGAAUUUCCCAAGAAACCGCUUGGCCAGGAGAUACCAGUCUCCCUUAUACCCAUGAAACCACACCUUACUGCCAACGGGAAGAAUAAGAUCGCCAGGCCAGAGUCAGUCAGACUCAAAAUUGAGGGAGAUCAGGAAAGGAUACUGUCAGAUAACAGCCCUCUGUCACUCAGUGAGAACAAUUUUAAUACUGGUAAUGGUGAAAACCUGCCCAUUCCUUCUCCAGAGCCCAUUCUGGUUCAUUCUUACAAACUGCACAAUGACUCUUUGCCAGGAGAGCAGCCCUUCAUUCAUGCUGGAAGUCAAAUCAAUGCCUCAGAAACAAGCCAGCCUCUGAUUUUGGAAAACCCUAGCACUAUUUCAGAGAAUGUAGCUUCUACUGGGCCUGGGUUAUCAAAUUUUAACAAGGAUGUUAUUUCAGAAAAGAAGGAGGGAACCCCCUUGUUAGAAGAACUUGCAGGUCCCGCAAUGGAAGGAGGGUUCCAUACAGCAGAGGGAUGCUUUCCAGCCCUAGAGGAAAAAAAUAAACCAGACGAGAGCAAAGUUGCCAUUCACACAGAGCAACAGCAAGAGCUAAACGACUGGCCCCCACCGUAUGUACAUGUUGAGACUGAUAGUAUAUGCUCUACUGCUCAGAUAGUAGAGAAUGAGGAAUUAUUUGUACAACAGCCAGAACUCUUUGACUUGCCUCCACCCCCACCAGAAUCGUAUCUUUGUGACGACUGCUACACUGCUGUCCUACCUCAAGAUGAUAUUUCUUUCUCAGAAGACCUACCACUGCCCUCAGAUCCAGUUCCCCUCCUAAUUAAGGAGGACCUCUCCUUUCCCCCGCCUAUACCAGAAGACAAUAUGGUUACUCUUGGGGUACCAGAACACUUGGGAGAAAGACGGCCCUCAAAUACAUCCCAUUAUGAUAAUUUGUCAGAUGGGGAAUUUGAGGAUCAGUACUUGGGCAAACUUCUUGAACUGACUGGUACUGGAUCUCAAAGUGAAAUUGCAGCACAAAGCUCACAAAUAUCCAACCUUCCCAAACCUUCUGGUGACAGUUCAAGCAUGCCGGCACUGUUAGAGAAAGAGGAUUUUGCAUUGUUUCUUCCACCAUCGCUGCCGCCACCACCACGUUUACCCUUUUACCCACCAAAGCAAACAUCUGCAGCUUCUUCCAGACAGCCCCCAUUCCUCCAGAUUUAUGAGCCCAGUCAAGAUCUGGGCUACACAGGGCAAGAGUACAGCAGAACUGUUACCAGCCAAUCGUCUGUUCAAGAGGAGGCACUGAGUCCAUUUCAAAUAGUCGAAUCCACCACCCCCAUCCAUAUGGCCUACGCUCGGGGGCGCAACCACUUGAACCAAAAGCAAAUAGCAUUGCCCAUCCAGGACGAGUUGAUAGAAAGCUGUAAUGAAGAGGCUAAGCUCUUCAUAGUUGAAGAGGGGGAACCUCUGUUAGUGAGAAGGAAGCCUUCACCCAUCCUAACCUCGCCGCCCCCUGCAGUAAAAGCUAAAUCAGUUCCCACAGCCCAUUCGGAUACAGAAUUCUAUCAGGCACACUCCUCAAAUCCCCAGCUUUCUAAAUCAGUAACAUUUUAAAUUACAGCUUGAUGGCAUUGGGCAGACUUUAAGUUUGCCGAACACUUUGUGAAUAAAACCUUUUUUUUUUUUUUUUUUUUGUGCUUUGAUAUGUAUUAGUCACGUAUCCAGGGUCAUUUAUCAGCUGUGGAUUAAAACCGAACAACAACUGGGCUCAAAUGGACUUUAACUGAACAUUAGAUCCCUGUGAUUUAGUAAAUAACAGCUCCCAUACUGAGCAUAAGAGUUCUCUGAUUUGAGUCAAGUGUCAGGUAGACACUACAAACCAAUGGAGUGAGUAUCUGAUUGGUCUUUUUUCCGCAGUUCAUUUAAUGAUCCGGGGUCCAGUGUGUACAUAAUAAAUACCAAAGCUAUCUCAGUUAUGUGUAACAGUAACAUAUUAAGUGCCAAUUUCUGACCAACCACCUGCAUUUUCUAAAAUGAGAAGCUGUUACACAAACUUCUUUCUUCAUUAGAUGCAAACAUACUGUGCAACUUUUAUAAAUGGAAAUGUCUUGUAGCAAGUUUUCCUAACCUUUUAUUUACUACUUUGAAAAGUAUACUUUUUAAAGUUUCUAUUUUUUAGAUUCAUGCUGUUAUUUUUAAAACUUUUUUCACCAUGACCUUUUGAUCUGUUCCACUUCUUAAAAACCAGAAAUCUGACAGAAUAUAUGAAGGAGUAAUGACCAACUUAAAAGCAUUUAUUUAUUGAAUUGUGCACAGACAGUUAUUCAAAGAGCAGCAAAAAGCCAUAUUUUAAAACAGAAAUGUUUUAUUUUUACAUGUUUUAAAUAUACAGUACAGCACUGGCUUUUUAGCAACUUCUGCCCUUAAAAUUUGUAAUCUGCAAUUUCUUAGUGGUGGAUGUCAUUCUUGUUUAGGAUCAUGAUGUGUUUUCUGUAUAAUUCACUAUUACUGUUGUUGCUUAGAUUAUUAUUUCCCAGGCUAUUUCAACAACAUGUCCUUCAACCACUUCAAGGGAAAAGAGUUGAAAAAGGACCACAAGGGCUGUGUAGCUGAAAUCCCUGUCCCCUCUGAAACAUCUCUACAUGUCCCCAAUAAAGGUACUAGAAUUCACCCCCAAAGUAUUUAUUAAUACUUACCAUGUAUUUUCUUACGUGACUAGGUAUCUGAAGUAAAAGUGGUGUUUUGUUUUUUACUUGGCAAAUAUAAAAUGCAGAAUCCACAGGUAACUAUUAUAAUUGAUGUAUUCUAUCUUGCCAUAGAAACAUAACACUGUAUUGAAAACAAAAAUAUCUUUGUGAUCUUCAUGUACAUAUGUAGGUAUGCAAAAAACAUAUUCUGAUAAAAUACAUGUUCCUACGUCAUGACUAAGGAUCUAUGAAAAUCGUUAAAAUUCACAGCAUUGUCACGGGUAAAGUAUCGUAUUUCACGGAAUGCGUACAUAUAUAUAAAAUAAAUUAUGU